AUGCCACCGACAAAGCGGACAAACCUGAGGUCUAGGCGUGAAGAGACCGCCGAACAACUACAGCCUAAAGAGAUUGCCGGAAACUUUUUGAUUCAGCCAGCCAAAUCUCUGAUCAACGAGCUAUCAAGUCAAGUCACUGCCUUGCAGAUCAAACCAGACCCUCACAUCCACAAGCAGAUCGUGAAAACAUUACGUCUCCUGGAGGCGGACCUGGACUUUGCCCCGCCACCGAGAGGUCUACGGAAAUAUGUUGGCCAGAGGUCGCCCUUCUCCAGUGAGGGUGGUGGUAUGGUGGCCUCAGUUAGCUGA